AUGCGGUCCGCACCUUUUGUCCCCCUACUCUUUGGCCUCAGCGCCUUAGCGGACACGCUUGUAGACAGACAAUUUCCUCACCUCAUCAUUCCAGUCGACAAGCGCGAGCCCGACAGGGUGUUCGGCACACAAUUCAGCGGAAGGAUCGAGCAAGCAGUUCACACCGAGAUCUCUUUCGACGUACCCAGCAACAAUGGAGCCACUCACUGCCGACUCAACUUCUACAUCAACACCGAUCCGAGCAAGAAUGCACCGCGCACCCUCUGGGGCGAAGCCCCUUACCGCUUCAACAUCUCCAGCAUCGAGCACAGAAUGGACAAAGACCGCGAUACCUGGAACAAUCGUCCCAGGAUUACUGGAUAUGUUGGCCAAGUCGAACUCACGCAUAGCGGUUCCGUGACCACUACUGGUUUGCACGUCCCCUGCUGGAAGGGCCAGGUCGCGCAGUAUGUGCUGUAUCCGGAUGAUCCAGACAGGGAUUUUGGCUAUACCUGGUUUGAGCUUGACUAUGACCCGCCUCAUGGUAUCACUUAUGAGAUGUUUGUCUAA